UUCAUUAGCAACAAGUAGAACGCGAGGAGAGAUUCGAGAGCUUCCACAACAAAUUUAUCGAUACUUUUGUUAUUUUGACCGAUCCAAACAAUUUUAGUUGUUGAGAGACAGCUUUUGCUUAGUUAUUUAAUUCUCAGUUGCAAUGUCCUCUGAAGUUCGUGACGAUCUUCACCAAACAUCAACAGGAAAAGGACACUACUACAGAUCGCCUCACGACUUUCCGCCGCAAGGCUUUCGAAGAACAGUUUAUGAUGUGUUGCCACCAGUCCUUGGCAAUCCAGAUUACAUUACUGAAAAGGAACACUUUCAAACAACAACUGGAACAACUCACGAUUACAAGGCCCAUGGAGGGACACUCAGCAACACGCAAUUCAAAAAGGCUCCAGGAUCAUGGAAAGUUCACUGUGUAGAGGACAACAUUGCGAAGUUGAGUGUAAAACCAUGGAGAAGACCUUUGACAAUGGGAUAUCAGUGUAGUGAAAUGACAGCUCAGUACACAGGGAGACCAGGAGUGAAUUUGGAUACUGUUUACAAUGCAGGGAUACAACCAUUCAAUCUUGCUGAUCACCACAGGGAAGGAAAUAGUAAGGAUCUUGUUCCAUCAACAAUAAACAGGGGUGUUGCUGGUCAGAAGUUCUACCCCAGGGACAGAGGUGUUCUGACAUACCACAUGGAUCCUUAUUUAACCACAACACAGAAAGAUCACCGAGCUUUCACUAAGCACGAGUUGGGACGUUAUCCAGCCAAGGAUUAUGCGACCUACUGGGAAUGUGAAGAGUACACCAAAGCUUGGGGUCAUGGCUCAAAGGAAAAUCCUCUACCCCCAAAUUCUGUUCCUCGAGAAAAAGGGCCCAUGAGGGACCGUAUCUGGUUCAAAGAGCCAACAAUUAUUCCCAGGCUACCAAAGUCACUGGAUCCUGUUCCUAAUAAAGGAAUGAAAACGCUGAUGAGUGAAUCUUACACGAUGCCUCUUGAGAGAAAGAGAUGGGAGCUAUUUAGCUUGAAUGUUCCAAAACCCUGGCACGCUCCUCUAGAAAGCCCUGGUCCUGGCAAAGGCGAGACUUUCCAAGUUCCACGGAUGUACAACACUGAAUAUCAAUUCUACGGUAGUGAAAAACCAGUAACAAUUUGAACAUAGAAAUGACUUAUGAAACUCUCACCAAGUACUUUUUAAAACGGAAUUAUUCUUGUUGUCUCCUUUCAAAGUCAGCAUAGAUUUUAGUCUUUGCGGUCAGUAACUUCUGGAACGGAGCAGGGACAAACACAAGGAUAGAUGACUUUUAAAUUUUUUUAAGAAACUUGAAAUAUGCGAAAAAAAAAACUUCAUAUGUCUUGGUUACAAUUGGGUUGUAUGUGUAUAAAUCGUCUUCAUUUUUGGUCAUUCUUACAUUCAGAAAUAUUUAAUUAAUACCUGAUAUAGAUAACAAACAGAACAUACUUAAAGAAAAAUUAACUAGAGUUGUUCUGUUCACCCGUUCACCCUCGGUGUCGCUCAACUUGGAAAUGCUGUUGAAAUCUGUAACAAAUUUCAGAAGGCAGCCUACGGUAAUGAAAAACUUGAUUAUACUGCCCAAGACACAGAAGACAGGGUCAAAUAUAAGUCAAGGUAUCGCUCAACUAUCUUGCUCUUAUCACUGGAUAUAAAGGAUGAUGUUUUAAAACAUUUUAUUGUAAAUAACAUUACCAAGGAAAGAAACACGAAUAUAAAAUAAAAUAAAAAUUA